CUUCGGGAGUUGCUGGUCUCCGAUGCCGCGCAAUAGCGAUGUUUAUUUACGUACGCCAUCGUCGUGCGAUUAAUUGAUCGCGAGUUCGCGCGUCUGUGAAACUCGGAUUCGACGCCGUUCGCGCCAAGUAGCGAACGCGAAUUGUCAAAGCGACAAGAAGGAGGAGGCGAGAAAUCGUGACAAGGGCGCGUAAUAAUCGCUCCGCUACGCCAUCGUCAUCGUGCAUCGGUUCCAUCCUAUGUCGUCAUCGUCGUUCCUGCUGUCUACAUUCUAACCUAUAUCUGAGAUCCGUCGUCGCAGUUUGUUGUGUUUGUUCCGGACCUUUUUCCGAAAUACGCGCCUCAAAUCCGUGAUGCUACGCUCUCGCUGAAAAUAGCUCGCAGCCAAGUGACCGAGUAUGGGCGACGAGGACGACGUGCUGCCGGCGCGUCUGCAGAGGCUCGAGAUUGAUCGUCGCUCGACGAGUUGCCCGCACAUUGCAGCGACAGACAAAUCAAAGGUGAUAAAUCUAUUCAAGAUAUUUGGCGAGACUUCUGAUAGCAGUUACUUAUUUCGAAGGAGAUCAAUGCCCAACAGGCCUACUAUGUUCUCAGUCAAUCCAAAGGGCAGAGCGGUUGAGAAAAGCAAGAGGAGCAUUGUCCUUAAGGAGGCUAUUCUAAAGUUAAGCGAUCCUCACGAUAUUUCGGUAGAUACGCUGUUCAAGGACACAUGUAAACUCAGUAUUCCCACUAAAAAUUCCAAAAUAAUCGAUAAAUCAGUCAUGAAGGACUUCAAGGCGCUGAAAAUCAGUAAAGAUUGUAGACUGGCCAAGGACGACACUAAUAUUCAGGAUGACGAGUGCGAGCCCGGCAGUUUUCAGCGUGCUCGCAGUAACACGAUGCCGAAUCUAAAGAGGGGUCCUGGUCCAGGCGGUGGAGAACAACGAACGGCAACCGGACAGUCGGAUGCGAGUAGCUCGUCUACCCAACAAUUGUCGAGUUCGCCGAAUACUUGUUCGGUGCAGGCACGUAUAUCACCGCCCUCGUCGAGCGACGUCACGAUCGGUGAACUAGCCGGUUACUUCGAAGAAUUCGUCCAUAUUCCAAAGAAGAUGUCGCAUAUGGCGGAGAUGAUGUACACUUAACUGUAAAGUAUCUUGAAUUAUGCAUGUAUCACAGAUAUAAACUUUCUUUCCAUGCACAGUUUUCUCAGGCUGUGUAUAUUUCAUUCUCUAUAUCAUAUCUCUCUGUUUGUUUAUGUCUAAUUUAAUUCACUAAAUUAUUUUUUUAAUAUACUUAUAACAUUGGCAAAAGAAGAAGAGAGGAGAAGGAUAUUUUUACUUUUGUUUCAAUUUGUGUAUAGUAUCUCGAAAUUAUUAAUAUAUAUCAUGUACAUUUUACAAUAUAGCGAGAUAUCGAUAUACUUUUUUUCGUAUUUCUUUAUCUUUCUUUCAUUAUUUGCGCACUAUUUUUUUCUUUAGUAUAUAAAAGGGAAUAUGGAAUAUUAUAUUAUCUGUAUUUUAAAAAAAAACUUUUGUAUUAUGAGAGAGAAGAGUAAUUGGUUUUAGAAUAAAUUACAUAAACUGAAAA